CCCGAACUCUCCACAUUACUACACCCACUCUCGCACUCCACGCGUUGCCACACUGCGGCCUAAACCGACCCGUAGCCGACGCCAUGGAAGACGACGACAUGGAUGAGUCGCCCGAUCGGGGCAUGUCUAAGCGUGCAUGCGAUAGCUGUCGCACACGUAAGAUACGUUGCGACCGAGCCGUACCUUGCUCUAACUGUAAGGCAAGCAAACUAGCUUGCAAAACCUCUGCUCCCCAACAGAAAGCUCAACGUCAAAGAGUCCACAUUUCUGAGCAAUACGAAAGGAAGAUUGACCGAAUAGAAGAUCGAUUAGCAGGAAUCGAAAAUGUUCUCGCUAGCCUUUCGUCAAAACUCGGCAAUAUGGAUCUUGCUAAAGACAGUCCCGAAACAGCCAGUCAGUCACGUUCGAGUCGAGUAGGAAGAAGCCCAGGUAGUGGCUUACAGGAAGCCCCUACACCUGCACCAUUCGAGGGUGAAAGCUCAAUUAAUAUUCAAUCCGUCUAUGCUCGUGAGAUGCUAGCUCAGGUAAUUGACAGCACACCGUCAAUUGGGCAGAAUGAAGAAGUCAAGAUGGCACUUACUGCUCUUUCGGAAAUGGUAUCGCAACCGAGCCAGACCAUGGCUCCAAGCAACCGAUUGAUCAAUCGCUCCCUUGCCGAAGUGGAUCCCACCAGACUUGAGCAGCCUCCAUGGAUGGAGGUUUGCAAUGCGUUGGAAACAGCUAUGAAGUAUUCAACAAUGACAUUUGCCGUGAUCUUUCCGUUCCUCAAAAUGCCAAACCUGAGGGAAAUCUUCGAUGACGCGUACCACAACCCUGGCACCUGUAGUGCUGCUCGACGCGUGCUUACUUAUGGCAUUCUGGCGAAUAUAUUCUACGAAUUCCAAGCGUUUCCUCUAGCAGGCAUGGAAAUCGGCCAGUACGCAACAUAUGCGGCCAUAUGUAAGCGGCAAUCAGAGGUGGCCCUAAGCCAACUUGAUCUAUUCAUACCGGCAAGUUAUGAGAAUAUCAUGGCCUUGGUCCUUGGAGCAGCGCAGGCAGUCGAGAUGUGUAAGCCUUCUCUCUGCUGGAUCCUGAUAUCUUGUGCAGCAGGCUUGUGCACGAGUUUGGGAUAUCAUCGUAUCAACACCAUGAGUCACGACACACCUGAAGAAAAAGAGUCGAAGAUCUACAUUUUCUGGAUGAUAUAUAUGUUCGACAAGACACUCUCGCUACGGUUAGGCAAGUCAAGUGUCCUUCAGGAUUGGGACAUAGCUUUACCCUUUGUCCAUGAGAGCGAUCCUAAUGAACCACCUUCCCAGCGAACUCGUAUGCUAUCCUACUGGGUCAAGGUCGCUAGGGUACAGGGCUUGACAUAUGAGAAGCUAUUCUGCCCCGCAUCCUUCCUACAGUCCACAGAAGAACGAACGGCUGUCGCAACAGACCUGAUCAAUGCCAUGAACCAAGCGUGGGCUGAACGUGACGACGUCAAAGCCGUUAAUCGAGCAAACUUCGGAAAAAAUAUCAAUAAUGUCCCACAACGAGUGACCGGAGUGGGUCACAGCCCAAACAAGACCCCACUCCCAUCUCAAUUGAAGCGGUACAUAUCUCAACCGCUCAAGAAGGAGUGUGAUGUCAACGAGUACAUCCAAGGUGCAUUUGAUCGUGUUGAGGACAUUUUGUUCUACUCUGACGUAGUUUCGCACUACUCGACGUGUGCGCUCAUACAGCGCUCAGUAAGUCCGGGAAAUAUGACCUUCAGUCAGGAUUGCUUGCAGUCAUCCCGAUCAGCCCUCGACGCUCAUAAAAGGGCCUCCGCACAGUUCAACAAGAAGGGCCAGGAGGAACUUUGGUCGGGAUACGUGCACUGGUCCAUUCUCCAGGCGCCGUUUACACCGUUUAUUGUCAUUUUUUGCAACGCCAUUCAGAAGGCGGAUACAUCCGACGUUAGCGCCGACCUCCAAUCUCUCUCGGAGUUUGUCACGAGUCUCGAAUCUUGUCGUACAAUCUCUGAAGGCGCAGAGAAGCUCUAUAGAAUGUGUCAUCUCUUCUUGCGAGUGGCAAGACUCUACGUGACGGCCAAGGCACAGGACGCUGCUUUGAGAUCGCGCACCGCCGCGCAAAACCAUCAGAAUUACUACACAGCAAACGGCGCACAGCUAGACCUCAACGCCAUGUCUCAGUUUGACCCGUAUCUUAAUGCACUCGGUCUACUUCCUGCUACAGCAUGGUCGGCAAAUGAAUACAGCAUGAAUCCUGCUGGUCCCGGUGGCAUGCAAGCUUUCCCGCAGGAUCAACAAAUGGGAAAUAAUUUCAAUCAAGGUCAAAUGGGUCUUGGCUUUGGUCCAUCGGGCGGGAAUCACAACUCGAUGCAGGAUUGGUUUUCUGGGUCCAUAUAUCUUAUGAACCUGAUGGAACCAGGCGAUGAUAUGCAAAUGCCAGACAUGGAUCUAUGAAAAGCUGAUUUAACGAUUAACGAAGAUUUGUUUUUUGAGAAGCUUGAAGUAUUUGUGUGAAUGAGGAGAUGAUUACAGUAGACGUCUUAAUCUGUAGUGAUACAACUAAUGACCACUAUAGCAAACACCC